UAGUUGAAGAAGGAGAACGCUGAGGCCGUAGGCAGUGGCCUUGCCCUGGAGUGAUAUGGUCACCCCUCUGCCUAGAGGGGAUGAGAGGCUGAGCAAGAGGGAGGGCCUGGAAGCCACAAUCCCGGCCUGGAGGUGGCACGCUCUGGUGUGGGUGGUACUAAGGUUUGCAUCUUUCCUUGAGGGACCACAGAGUCAAACUUGCCACGACAAGACCAAAACCCAGGAAGCUGAGCCAGCUGAGCCUCGAGGCGGGGGUGGGGGUCAGUCAGGUCUAGGCAACCACGGGCCAACUAAGACUAAGCGACUUGGUGCUGGGUGUCCAGGUGAGUGUAAACAGUGAAUGUGUUAAGUGUGUGUGGUUUUGUGGAUGUGUGAUUGUGUCAGUAUGUGAGCAUGUGGGUGGCGUGUGUGGGUGUAUGGUUUGUGUGUGUUGAGUGUGCUUGUGUGAGGUGAGAGGACACUGAGAACUUCACCCCCUACCCUGUGGUCCCUCUGAUACCUGUGACGUCACUAUAAUGCUGAUCUGAGGGCCAGUAACAAACCUGAGAGGAAAAGGCCCCUCAGGAGACAGCAGGUGACAUAUGGAAAGGCAGGGACUCGUUCUGAGGACAACGCUAUGACCACAUUGUGAGCCUAAUGUGACAAGCAGGUGGCAGGACAAGUCUGAAGAUCCCUGGUUCUUCCUUGGAGCCUACACAAAGCUGAAGAGUCUGGUGGGAGCUGGGCUUCUUGUCUCCUCCCCAUACUCUUGGAAAGCCCCUGGAGACUACAGGAGAGACAAGGCAUCUGCGGCCAUAACUUCACCUGACCUUCUCUGCCCCCUCCCUGUACCUUCUGAUAGCACAGUCACUUGACAGGGUGACUCAGCAGAGAGCAAAGGCCAGUCUCAGCUCCCUUUAUAAAGAGGGCCCAGGCUGGGCAAACCCUCAGGGUGCGCUGAUGACCUCUGCCUGGUCUGGUCCCAGGGGCCUGGUGCGGUGAGGGGUGGCAGAGUGCCCGGAGGAGCCUAGUGGGCACUGAGGUAGCCAUGGGGCUACUGACUGGGGAUGCACUGGCGUCCCUGGCCAUGGCUGUGGCCAUCUUCCUGCUCCUGGUGGACCUGAUGUACCGACGUGCAUGCUGGGCUGCACGCUACCCACCAGGCCCCAUGCCACUGCCUGGGCUGGGCAACCUGCUGCAGGUGAACUUCCGGGACAUGCUUUGCUGUGUUAACCAGCUGCGGCACCGCUUCGGAGACGUGUUCAGCCUGCAGCUGGCCUGGACGCCGGUGGUCGUGGUCAACGGGCUGGCGGCCGUGCGCGAGGUGCUGGUGAACCGCAGCGAGGACACGGCGGACCGCCCACCUAUGCCCAUCUACAAGCACCUGGGUUUCGGGCCGCGUUCUCAAGGAGUGGUCUUAGCGCGCUAUGGGGUCGUUUGGCGUGAGCAGCGCCGCUUCUCCGUGUCCACCAUGCGCAAUUUCGGCCUGGGCAAGAAGUCACUGGAGCAGUGGGUGACCAAGGAAGCCACCUGCCUCUGUGCCGCCUUCGCUGACCAGGCCGGACGCCCCUUUAGUCCCAAAGUCCUGCUGAAUAAAGCGGUGAGCAACGCGAUCGCCUCCCUCAUCUUUGGGUGCCGCUUCGAGUACAACGACCCGCGCUUCCUCAAGCUGCUGGACCUAUUAGAGGACGGACUAAAGGAAGAGUCGGGAUUCCUGCGUGAGGUGCUGAACGUGAUCCCGGUGCUCCUGAACAUCCCGGGGCUGGCCGCCAAGGUCUUCCCAGCGCAGAAGGCCUUAAUAGCCCUGCUGAAUGAGCUGGCUGACGAGCAUAGGAGGACAUGGGACCCAGCCCAGCCACCCCGAGACCUGACUGAUGCCUUCCUAGACGAGGUGGAGAAGGCCAAGGGGAACCCCGAGAGCAGCUUCAAUGACAAGAACCUGUGCCUGGUGAUGGCUGACCUGUUAUCUGGUGGGAGUGCGACCACCUCAAUCACGCUGGCCUGGGCCCUCCUGCUCAUGAUCCUACACCCAGAUGUGCAGCGUAAGCCCAGCCUGGAGGCUGGGGGCUGGGGGCCCCCCUUGGGGAUGCUUGUCUGCCCAGGCCGUGUCCAGCAGGAGAUCGAUGAGGUAAUAGGGCAGGUACGGCUACCAGAGAUGGAGGACCAAGCCCACAUGCCCUUCACCAUGGCCGUGAUCCAUGAGGUUCAACGCUUUGGGGACAUCAUCCCACUGGGCGUGCCCCACAUGACAUCCCGUGACAUUGAAGUGCAGGGCUUCCUCAUCCCCAAGGGGACGACGCUUGUCACCAACCUGUCAUCGGUGCUGAAGGACGAGACAUUCUGGAAGAAACCCUUCUGCUUCCACCCUGAGCACUUCCUGGACUCCCAGGGCCACUUCGUCAAGCAGGCAGCCUUCGUGCCCUUCUCAGCAGGCCGCCGCUCGUGCCUCGGGGAGCCCCUGGCCCGCAUGGAGCUCUUCCUCUUCUUCACCUGCCUCCUGCAGCGCUUCAGCUUCUCGGUGCCUGCGGGGCAGCCCCGCCCCAGCGACCACGGUGCCUACGGCUUACUGAUUACCCCGGCCCCCUACGAGCUCUGUGCUGUGCCCCGCUAGAGGGCAACACCAGGCCCUGGCCUGCUCCUCAGCUGGGGACCCUGGCGUACAAUAAACCAGUCUGGUGGCUCCAGCCUUGCCUCCGAGUCCCACCCGGGCCCCUCUCCAGCCCCUGGCAGUGAUGGGGCCUCGGCAGCCUC